AGAAUCACAAACAUGGCCACCGACCUCGUGGAUUUAUUCGUUUCGAUCGGUUUAACCGAACAGAAAGCCAAGGAAACUAUUAAAAAUGAUCAAGUUUCGAAGAAUUUGAAGAGUGCUAUCGAUUCAGCUAGAAAUGUAAGUGGAGAGGGUGACCUGAAUGAUUCUGGUAAACUUUUAUACCAUAUUGCCACCAAGUUAAAAUCUCAAAUUAAAAAUAGACAACCAUUACUGGUAGAAUAUGUUGUCAAGAAAAAAAUUACUUCAGAAAACCAGCUCAAUGCUGGUAUGGAGUAUUUACUGUCCCACCCUGUAGAGAAGUUGAAUGUAGAAGAGUUUGAGAAAGCAUCAGGUGUAGGAAUCAAGGUUUCACCAGAGGAUAUCGAAACUGCUGUAGAAGAAGUGAUAGGGAAAUAUAAAAAUGAUCUGAAAGAACAAAGGUAUAGGUUUAAUACUGGAAAAAUACUGGCUGAAGCAAAGGGAAAAUUAAAAUGGGCUGAUGGUAAAGCUGUUAAAAAUGAAGUAGACAUGCAGUUAUUAGAUUUAUUGGGACCAAAAACUGAUGCUGAUUUAGAAAAAGCACCAAAACAGAAGGCACCAAAACCUGCUAAAACAGCUGACAGUAAAACAGAGGCUGGACCAGUUAUUGAUGAUUUCAUGGGUGAAGACGGCCAUGUCAAGAGUUUUAUGGAUUUAAUGGGUGAUGCUGUCAAAUUUCAUAAAACAGGAGAGAAUUAUAAGACUGAUGGGUAUGUGAUAACACCAAAUACAAUGACUAUAUUAAAAGAACAUUUAAAACGUACAGGGGGUAAAGUUUAUACCAGAUUUCCACCAGAACCAAAUGGUAUUCUACAUAUUGGUCAUGCUAAAGCUAUCAACUUUAACUUUGGUUAUGCCAAGUGGACUGGUGGUAACUGUUAUUUAAGAUAUGAUGAUACAAACCCAGAAAAAGAAGAAGAAAAAUUCUUCGUUGGUAUCAAAGACAUGGUUGAAUGGUUAGGCUACAAACCAUUUAAAGUGACACAUGCUUCAGAUAAUUUUGAUAAGUUAUACAACUACGCAGUAGAGUUAAUACGUAGAGGUCAUGCUUACGUUUGUCACCAGACAGCCGAAGAGGUCAAAGGUUACAACAACCCUGAUUCACCGUGGAGAGACAGACCAAUGGAAGAAUCUCUUAAACUGUUUGAAGACAUGAAAAAUGGAAGAAUAGAUGAAGGUAAAGCUACUUUAAGAAUGAAAACUAUUUUAGAAGAAGGUAAAAAAGACCCAGUAGCUUAUAGAAUAAAAUUUACACCACAUCAUAGAUCAAAAGAUACAUGGUGUAUUUACCCGACCUAUGAUUUCACUCAUUGUUUAUGUGAUUCUAUUGAAGACAUCACUCAUUCUCUGUGUACUAAAGAAUUUCAAUCCAGACGUUCAUCUUACUAUUGGUUAUGUAAUGCCCUAGAUAUCUACUGUCCGGUACAGUGGGAAUAUGGUAGACUCAAUCUCAACUAUGCUGUUGUUUCAAAACGAAAAAUAGGAAAACUUAUUACUGAAGGUUUUGUUAGAGAUUGGGAUGAUCCUAGAUUGUUUACCCUAACAGCAUUAAGAAGAAGGGGAUUCCCAGCAGAAGCUAUCAACUUAUUCUGUGCUAAAGUGGGUGUGACUAUGGCCCAGACUGUUAUUGAUCCGGUGUUACUAGAAUCUUGUAUUAGAGAUGUUCUCAAUAUUACAGCUCCACGAGUAAUGUGUGUAUUUGAACCAUUAAAAGUAACUAUAUCAAACUUACCACCUGACACCCCUUCUGAAGUUACCGUACCUAAUUUCCCUGCUGAUGAGAAGAAGGGUCACCAUAAAGUACCCCUACGUAAUGUUAUCUAUAUAGACCAGUCUGACUUUAGAGAGGUAGCUGAUAAAUCAUACAAGAGGCUAUCGACCAAUCAAACAGUAGGCUUACGACAUGCUGGGCUGGUUAUCUCUGUAGAUAAGAUUAUCAAGGAUAAAAAUGGUCGACCUUCAGAAUUAUUAGUCUCCUGUAAGAAAUCAACAGAAACAGAGAAACCUAAAGCCUUUAUACACUGGGUAUCUGAUGGGUUAGAAUGUGAGAUUAGAUUAUAUGAGCGAUUAUUCCACCAUAAAAAUCCUGAAGACCCAAGUGAAGUACCUGGUGGCUUCUUAACAGACGUCAAUACAAAUUCUUUGACAGUUAUUCCCAAUGCCUUGAUUGAUGUUUCUACAAAACAGGCUAAAACGUUUGAUAAAUUCCAGUUUGAGAGGUGUGGUUUCUUCAGUGUUGACCCUGAUUCUUCUGCUAAAAGGUUGGUGUUUAACAGAACUGUCAGUUUGAAAGAAGAUCCAGGCAAAAAUUAAUUUAUCCAUUUUAUUGCUGAAAAAAUAUUUAUUUAAAAAAAAACAAAGUAAACCUAAAAUAAUAUUGUGAAUUUGAGGAUUGAUAUUUGGUGUGGAAAAUGUUAAUUUUGUCAUGAGAUGCAAGUUAAUUGUCAAAGAAAGACAGAAAAUUUAAUUUUUAUACCCCAUAAAUCAGGAAUUAUCAAAGAUAUCCAAUUGAAGAGGACAUGACUACUGAAUUAUAUUAAAUAUUUGAGUUUGUAAAAGUUAUAAUUGGCAGAUAUGCAGCUUCAAAAAUAGUCCAAUGUAACUCAUGAGAAAUGCUUGGAAUGAAGAAUAAAAUAAUACCUCUU